UCAUCUCAACAGAAGCGGCAAGCCAUGGAAAACCGCCACAGCAUUGACCGUCAGUCAGACGAAACAUCUAAAUCCGGCACCGACGAUGUGGUGGCUGCGCAGUCCAACAUCUCCUUCGGCAAAAACGAGCACGGGAACGAUCCUUCGGAACUCCUCUCCAAUGCUGGCCGUCGGGACCACUGGAGUAAUCCGCUGGAUGCUUCGCCGGCCAAUCCCAGCAUGAGUGAGUCGACUGCCGAAGUGGAGGCCGGGGCCAAGAAAAAGACGGUCAUUAUCGAACAGAAGGCCUCCUACAUGGGGAAGAAGCGUGUCGGGGAGCACAAUGUAGAAGCCGGAUUCGAGAAGAGAGUGUUUGCAGGGUCGACGACUGGGGGAAAGCAGAAGGGAAAAGGUCAUCAGGAUCCACCGGUUGUUGAGCAAGGUGUUAGGUAG